AUGGAAAAUAUAUGCUCUUACUGGGAAAUUAAUCCAAUAACUAAUCGCGUUAGAGUCCGAGCUCCUAAGACAAAAGAGGAAAAUUACCCUGACUAUGACACGGAGGAAGACGAAACAGCCAAAAUGGUUGCAGGAUUAUGCAACAGAACCCUUCCUAGAGGAUCAUCAAAAAAAUCUCGAAAGAGAAGAGCGUUUUCAAGCUCAGAUGAGGAAGAAAAAUCUAGCGAGGAGGAAGAAGAGUCCGAUGAAGAGAAUGGUCAGUACACAAUCGCCCGUAAUCAGAGACGGUAUCAGCAGCAAGAGCAAAGGGACUUCUAUGAUUCCGAGGACAGCCAAGACUUUGAAAAGUCUCGGUCAAAACGGAAGUUCAAAAAGGCUCGUAGAAAGAAGAAACCAACUGUCAUCCGUACUACAACCAAACGCGGGCGGAAACGACUUUAUAAAGACGUGGACGUCAGCAGUUGCGAAGAAGAUGAACCAAAUAGACGGCAUCCGAUCAAACGCACUAAAAGAAAAGCCAAUAAAUCCGACGGUUAUUCUAUCACCAGCUCUGAUUUCCGAAAAUGGCGGAAUUCAAUUCAUGACACAAAUAAUAGGAGCUCGAAACGAAGCCGGAAAUAUUACGAUUCCGAAACAACUUCAAAUGAUGAAGAUUCAGACGUCGAUGAAUCCGAGGAAUCAGAUAAUGAGACCAGACCAAAAUCUAAAGAUGCUAGAAAAAAAUCGGGUGGAAGACAUAACAUUGCCAGACGAGCCGAUUCCAGACGAUCGCAGUCCGUUAUUGUCGAGAACCCCGCGUACAAAUUCAAGCGACAGAAUGAACGGUCCAAGCGGUCUGUUGGAAGAGUCACUACAGUAUCAAAACCCCCAAACAAAUCAAAGUCAGGAAAGUCUAAAUCCGGAAAGUCCGCUAGUAAUAAAAACAAGAAGGGAGAUAAGGGAGCCGGAGAUAGCUCCGAGGGAGAGAAGUCCGAGUAUGACUCCGAUAGGGGAGACAAUGUCGUCGAGAAUCGAGCAGUCACAGACAUCACAGAUUUCUGGACAAAAUGA